GUUGUUUCAUUCAAAUCACGGAUAUCGUCCCAACUGUUGUGUGAGACCAGGAAAGCUUCGACAUGAUGAAGUCAACCUUGAUUGUACUGCUGGUGGUGUUCGCACUGCUCGCUUUGAGCGCAGAUGCCAAGAAGAAGCGCCAAAAGAAGGGAGGAAAGGGUACCAGAGGUCCCAAAAUCUACGUAGUGGACAGCGCCAGUGGUAUGGACAAUAGCACCUGCGUCCAGCGAUGCGCGAAGGAAGACUUGGGCAAGAAGGCCAAAGUACGAAGGUGCACCGCCUUGUACACCGGCGCAACUAUCAACAAGUGCAUACUGAUUGUAGUCCAUUGCCCGAAAAAAUUCCAAAAGCCAGCUGACUUGACCCUGUGCACCGAUUGCGUUUUCAAGAACGUAAGAGGCAAGGGUCAGCGAAACAAGGGUAGGAAAGGAAAGAAGGGAAAUAAGGGUAGGAAAGGAAAGAAGGGAAGGAAAGGAAAGAAAGGAAAGAAGGGUAGAAGAGGAAAGAAGGGGAAUAAUAAUAAUGGCGGAAAUAGCCAGCCAGAGCCAUAAGAUGGAACCUCAGAUAAGCGGGGAAUCUCAAGUUAGCAGCAACAACGUAACUGGAACUCACGAAUUGAUUUUUAUCAAAUAUGCCACAAACGGAAUAGAGAUGUUAGACCACAGAACAUUUUUAGAAAUUUCCAUCCUUAAAAGUGUUUUGUCGCCGAAAGGCUUGCUUACAAAUAUAUAAAGUGUUUCGGCCCAUUGCGUACUAAAUUUACCUAUAAUAAAUUGACACAGGGGAUGAUACCCGUAUAUGUACUUCGGAUACCGACAAUGUGCAAUUAAUAAUCAUACGUGUAGUAAUGACAACAUUUAAGGUGAAACUAAACUUGUAAUUUGAUUUUCUUCACCAAUAAACAGAGGACUGAUACCACAAGAAAACUGUUCUCCCCUUCUUAUUCGAA